CUAAUUUGCUAUUUUGAUCCGUUCACAAAAAUAUGUCUUAAUCUAUUUAAUAAUAAUUUCGUAUAAUUUUCUAUUAGCUACCCAUUGUUUUGUAUAGGAAUUCUCAAAUCUAGUUUGGGAGUUGGGUUAUCAAUGGCUCCCAAUAAAAAAUUGAAACAGAAGGCCGCUGCCGCCGCCGCCGCCGGCGGCGGACCGCCUCAGCCCGCCACAGGAUACCCGGCGUGCCUACGGUCUAUAUCGCCGUCGUCCGUUGCUAUCUCUAUCCAUGCGAAGCCUGGCUCCCGGCUCGCCACCAUCACCGAUAUGAAUGACGACGCGUUAGGAGUCCAGAUUGAUGCUCCCGCUAAAGACGGCGAAGCUAACGCCGCUCUUCUCGACUACAUAAGCUCUGUUAUUGGGGUGAAAAAAAGGCAAGUUUCAAUAGGUUCUGGCUCGAAAUCGAGGGAUAAGAUAGUGAUAGUGGAGGAGGUGACUUUGCAGACUGUAUUUGACUCUCUAAAUAGAGCUCUAAUGAGCCAGUGAUGUACUUUGCAAAUAGGUUUGUAUUAUAUAAGAGGCACAGUUCAACAA